AUGUUUCGAUUAUUUACUCAAAGGGCUUUAGCUCUUGGUGGGAAGAGGCUGUUCAGAUAUGCUUCAACUUCAUCCAAUGCAUUCAAGUACACUUUACCAAUUGCAGUUGGAUUAUCAUCGUUUGCAAUUUAUACUACAACAAAUAAUAAUUCAAUUUCCCUUGAUUCGAAACCAUAUACUUCAGAAGAUACAAUUAAUGUGGAUUCCACUCUUCUUCCAUUCCCAAGAGAAAUUAAAACGUCACAAGGUCAAUUUUCUCAAGACAUUCAAUUGAUAGGACAUGGAGUUAGAACAGUUACCUUUUUAUCGAUGAAAGUUUAUGGAAUUGGAAUUUAUAUCGUACAAGAUGAUAUUAAGAAAGCACAUACUAUAAUUGAAAAGAUUGGCAGUGAUAAAUUGAAAGAUCCUAAACAAUCAGAAGAAGUUAUUGGAGAAUUAUUAAGUAAUGGAGUUAGAUUUGUUGCAAGAAUUUGUCCAACUAGAAAUACUGAUUUCAAUCAUUUAAAAGAUGGAUUAAUAAAAUCAAUUUUAGCUCAUCCUAAAAGUAAAGAAGUUAGAGAAGAAUUAAAUAUUGGAUUAGAACAAUUAAGAGAAGCAUUUCAAGGAAGAAGAGGAUCAGUUCCUAAAAAUCAUUCUAUUGCUUUAGAAAUACGUGAAAAUGGUAAACUUGCAGUAUCAUAUAUGAAUCCAUUUAAACAUGAAAUUGUUCCAAUGGGAAUCAUAGACCAACCUUUAGUUAGUAGACAAUUAUUCUUACAAUAUUUAAGUGGAGAGAGACCAUUAUGUGAACCACUUAGAAAGUCAUCAAUAGAGGAAUUAUCACGUUUAUAA